UGGUAACCAAUCUGCUCUGUAUGUGCUUGUAUCCAAGGCUACGCUAAGUGUGAAUGACCGCUAAACUCAAAGCAUCUAUAGCUAGCUAGUUACCGUAGGUGCCUCUAACUAAAUGAGUUCCUUUGCCCAGCUUUAUACCCAGUUAGGCCCGGUGCAGCAGACCAAGAAGAGACCUCAGAGGUACUCCAUAAGAGACCCAGUGGACAUCAACAUGGCAGAGUAUCUGAUAUCUGGAGGGACUACUUAUGUACCUGAGGAUGGACUAACUGGCUCCACUCUGUUUGGCUCCUUUGAGGGCCUCACUUACAAUGACUUUGUGAUGCUACCUGGUUUCAUUGACUUCACCUCUGAUGAAGUGGACCUGAAGUCUGCCCUCACUCGUAAGAUCACACUGAGGACACCGUUUGUUAGCAGUCCCAUGGACACAGUCACAGAGUCUAACAUGGCCAUUGGACUAGCGUUGUGUGGUGGUAUUGGGAUCAUCCAUCACAACUGCUCAGUGGAUGCACAAGCAGAUGAAGUCAGGAAGGUCAAGAAAUACAAGCAAGGGUUUAUCCUGGACCCCAUCUGCCUCAGUCCAGACAACACACUGCGUGACCUCCGUGAUGUCAAGAAACAGUCUGGAUUCUCAGGCAUACCCAUCACAGAGACUGGUCGACUAGGCGCUGCUCUCAAGGGAAUUGUAACAUCACGUGACGUGGAUUUCCUCGGUGAUGAAUCACUGAGUAGACCACUCCACGACCUGAUGACACCUCGGGAUGACCUGGUGGUGGCUCACUAUGGAUGCACUCUGGAGGAAGCUAACGAAAUACUUCAAUCAAACAAAAAAGGAAAACUCCCUAUUGUCAAUGAGAGAGACGAACUUGUUGCCCUCAUAUCUCGUACUGAUCUGAAGAAGUCACGCAACUAUCCCUGGGCAUCAAAGGACGAGAAGAAGCAGCUGAUAGUGGGGGCGGCCAUUGGCACGAGGGAGGAGGACAAGCCUCGGCUGGAGGCUCUGGUCAAUGCUGGCUUGGAUGUGGUUGUCCUGGACUCUUCUCAAGGCAACUCAGUGUUUCAACUAGACAUGAUCAAGUACAGCAAGCAGAGGUACCCAGACCUUCAGGUGAUCGGUGGCAAUGUGGUGACAGCCCAACAAGCCAAGAACCUGAUUGAUGCUGGAGUGGAUGGGCUAAGAGUUGGGAUGGGAGUUGGUUCCAUCUGCAUCACUCAGGAGGUGCUGGCAGUGGGGAGGCCUCAGGCUACUGCAGUGUACAAGGUGGCGGAGUAUGCUCGCAGGUUCAGUGUGCCAGUGAUCGCUGAUGGAGGGAUACAAAACACGGGACACAUUGUCAAGGCCCUAGCACUGGGUGCGUCCACGGUGAUGAUGGGCUCGCUCCUGGCCGGAACUACUGAAGCACCGGGACAGUACUACUUCCAGGACGGAGUCAGACUGAAGAAAUACAGAGGGAUGGGGUCUCUGAGUGCCAUGGAGAAGAGUGGGUCUCAGCAGCGUUACUUCAGCGUGGGGGAGAAGACCAAGGUGGCACAGGGAGUGUCCGGCAGCGUGGUGGACAAGGGAUCCAUCUUCCAGUUUGCUCCUUACCUCAUAUCAGGUGUCCAGCACAGCUGUCAGGACGUGGGUGCUCUCAGUCUCACAGCACUACGCUCAAAUAUGUAUAGCGGAGAGCUUCGGUUUGAGAAGAGGACCAACUCUGCCAUUCUGGAGGGAGGCGUACACGGCCUUCACUCGUACGAAAAAAGACUCUACUGAAGUUUGGGGCAACAUUUGGUGACACUUAUUAACUUUAUACAUGUAUCAGAACUUUACCAACACUACAGAAUAACUAUAAUCAUCCUUUUUUGUUGGCAUUUAAUUUUUCCACUUCAUAAUAAUGUACAUUCUUGGAAUUUCCAGACAACAUUGGUUGAUAUGAAUAUAAUUACAA